AUGCAGCAUGACCAAGAAAAGGUAUUAAAGUAUCUUAUUUCAGCAGAGAAAUUAGCUGAAGAAAUAUUGUGUGAUAGGCGUGAAAUUGUAAUGUUGGAUAAAAGAAGAAAUCAAAAUCGCGAGGCCUUAAGAAACCUCACAAAAUCAAUGCAGAAAAACUGUUGGCUUACUGUAGGUUCAGUACUAAUAAAACAUAACGUGGAAGCAUCAAGAUGCCUUCUCGAAGAAGAUCAAAAACAAUUAGAUGUAGAUAUAAAUAAGCUACAAUGUGGACUAAAAGUAAAAGUAAAUAAUCUUAGAGAUUUGGAAAUGCAACCACCAAUACCCGGUUUAAUGUUAGUACCUAUGUCAUCAAAGGAAACUGAAGGAUUAUCAAAAGCUGGAAUCAUUCCUUAA